AAUAUCCGUAUGUCCUGAAACUACACUGCAUUUCACCACACGUCCUCUUUUACUAUUCAUGUUUGGCCCCAAUUUUCUACAGUUCUACCCACGAAUGGGGGAUAACCAUUCGCUCUGAACGGAAGAUCCUCAACAAUCGGGUGGAGUUGUCCUGAUGUGUUCGUUGCGGUGAAUACGAGUGGAUUUCGUUCCAAUAAGUUGUUGUCAGCGACCCGAGACAUUCAAGGAGGAGGCAUAGUGUAACACGUUUAUUACAUAAGUGAAUAGAGUAUGGAUCGGUAAACGACUAUUGAAAAAUUUAGUUAGAAAGUUUGCAGAACCUAAGAAAAUUGGUGAACUUGACGAAUACUGGACGCUCCUACUCUCCAUUAUGCAAGCCUGCAGUCCGACUUAUGCAAGCACGAAGUGUGUGUAACGCGAGUGUCCUUUGAAUUUAUUAAUCUGUGGAAAAAUCCGUGUGAAUUGUCUUUUGUGUAUGACUCAAUCUAUAUUGCACAUGGUAUUUUUGCACGUUCAGGAUGCCCACCGGGUGCUUUAAUGUGUAACCAACUAGCAAAUUUGAUAGUGUGUAAUAAAAGUUAGUGAGUUAGAAAAUUAAGGUUGAAGGGAGAAGGGAGAAAGUAAAGAAAGUGGAAAGUGAUGCGGUGGGUCUGUCUAUAGUUUUGUUUGUUCCUCCUCCUAGCGUCCGUCAACCGAGAUAUUUGUAUGGAUUGUGUGCCGCAAGCUCCUUCAUGUCCGGCUUUAUUUUCUAUAUUUCAAAGCCAUUCUACUCUGCUCUAUAGAGUCGAAUCGAUGGUGUGAUAUUGUCGUGUCCAUUACCAACGCAAGGAUUCUUAAACUACUUCGAGGUCGGAGGAGUGGGAAAAAAGAAUAGCUGAGAGGAAAAAUUCAAAAGCAUAGAAGGGUUUUAAUGCUAUUGGUUUGACACUCAUUGCAUGUUCUUUUGUAUGUGUGUGGGGAGGCUUGGGAGCGGAUUAUAUGUGGUUCGGGCACUGGCUUUCCUCGAAGGGUAAUGGCAUAAUAUUUAGGGAAUAAAGGGGGUUAGUAUGUAUGACUUUUUUGGUGAAACGAUCGUUUUUAUGUAGUGUUGUUCGACGGUUAUUUUUAUGAUAUUCGACUUGAUAAUAUUAUCAUAUUGUCUUCAUGUCCCAUAUGUGAUGACCGCGUUCUUUUAUAUGCAUUGAAUGGAGAUGAUUUUCUAUUAACCCAAAUCUACGGUUAUAUUGUGGAAGAAUUCGAUUGUGGAAACUUGUGUUCGAUAUCUUCAAUGCUUACAUAACGACAAGUACUUUCAAGAAGGUGUAGAAUUGUGGGCAACAGUGAAACUUUUCACGCUUACGGUGUUCAAUGUAUCUAACUGGUGCUUUCUAUUAUUAUUAGUUAACAAACUAGCUACGAGAAAAUAUAUGUGAAAAGAUAAAUAAUGAAAUCAAAAAAUCCUUUAAAGUAUUAAGUGUUCACGAAGGUUGCUGAGUAUUAGGAUACAUUGCAACUCUAACGUUAAUGCAAAUCCAUUGCUACACUCCAAAGUACGAAAUUGUCGCUUUUGAGUGUGCUUAAAGUGCGGAUAUCUUUUAUUUGAAAGCGAGAUAACAAUAGUACAGCAAACAAGUAUCCUCUGCAGUUCCAGAACCAGCAACGGGACGAGGACUCAAAGAUUUUCAAACAAACAAGUGGAUUUUCUCUUCUUUGAAAAAGCAAAAAACAUAUUGUUUAUUUAAUCUGAUUAUGGUAGAUUUAUGGUCUGGGUGCAUGGUCGGUAAGCGACGAACUCUACCUUGAAUGUUGUCGGGUGAAAUUCUGAUUCGAGCACCAUUGAGUGUGGCAAUCUUACCGCCACCCUCAUUGAUAGAAAUUUGCAGAGCAAUGGCGGCUAUUGCCACUCUUGCCAAUUCACAAAGCAUUGAUGAUGAUGACAUAUUCUUGGAGAAUGGGCUCCUGAGCUACGAAAAUCCAAACUAUCACAUGGAUCCACAAAGAAUUGAGCGUAAUUCACAUUUAUACGAAGAAAUCCUUUCGGAACUGCAUCAACAACAGAGUUCUCUGAAAGCAGUAAAGCCGCACAUAGUCAACAAUCGGAAAGAUUAUGCAAGAAUCGAUAUCGGGUCGAUGGGAGUCGACUUAAAGGAGAAUUUUAGUGCAUCCGAAAAGCAUUUACUCUUUGAUGCAUCGCCGUCAGAGUCGAAAACGAAGUCGGACCAAACGCCCGAAAAGGAUAACACCACGAAACUGAAAGAUACUAACGAAGCUGUUCCCAUCAAAUACAUUUCAGGUAGUCUGAACGCCGAUGAUUUGUAUGCGCUACCGAACAAGCAGCGAUGUCGUGAGAAUACAACAAAGGAUGCAGAAGUGGCACCGGAAAUUGAAUGCGAGGAGGACGAUGAUGACGAGGAGAAAUGUAAAAAGGAAGAAAUAGAAGGUAUUGAAGAUAAAGAUGGUAAUAAGGAUUUGCCACCUGGAUGGGAGAAACACGAAGACAAUGAUGGACCCUACUAUUGGCAUAUAAAAUCUGGCACAAUUCAGAGAGAACCACCGACAUGGCCAAAAUGUGCUUCGAAGGAACCGAAAACGCCGACGACAUUGCCGUCAAACCAACACUUUGCUGCGCCGAACAGCAGGAGUCCCAAUAAUAAUUCAUUUCAAUCGUUCUGUGGAGCACGAGAUGGCUUGGGAAAUCGAAUACAGGAAACUCAAAGUUUAUCGGUGACUAGGAGCAAUACAAGUUCAGCGCUAGAUCAGGAAGAGGACCGACGACGGCGGGAGGACCUUUCCUACAAACGGCGAAGUUAUCCUCUUAAAUCGGAGUCGGACAGACCGAUACGAUUUGCAGUUCGAUCACUAGGAUGGGUCGAGAUAGCCGAGGAAGAUUUGACCCCAGAGCGCUCCUCAAAGGCGGUGAACAAAUGCAUUGUCGACUUAUCGCUUGGACGCAAUGAUUUGCUGGACGUUGUAGGACGAUGGGGCGACGGGAAAGACUUGUUUAUGGAUUUGGACGAAGGUGCUUUAAAAUUAAUCGAUCCAGAAAAUUUGACAAUAUUAAAUACGCAACCAAUCCAUACGAUUCGGGUAUGGGGUGUUGGUCGUGACAAUGGAAGAGAAAGGGAUUUUGCAUAUGUCGCUCGUGACCGGUUAACAAGAAUUCAUAUGUGUCACGUCUUUCGUUGUGAUACAGCAGCUAGAACCAUUGCAAAUACGCUAAGGGAUAUUUGCAAAAGGAUCAUGAUUGAACGGUCAUUACAAUUAGAUGCAAACAAUACUAGUAAUAGUUCGAAUAGUAGUCGAAACGCCAUACGUCCAACAGAUUUGCCUACAGAGAACCGGAAAUGGGCACGACAUCCGCAAUCAUUCCCGACCCCGAUGGAAGAACCAAAAAAAGUUCUGAAAGCUCAGUACAUGGGAUCGCUUGAAGUCACAUUUGCUACCGGAAUAGAUGUGCUAAACUCGGCCAUAGACAACGUUUUGACAGACACGAAGGCAGAGGAUUGGCAGAACGUGAAUGUUUCAGUUGCACCUAGUAUGAUAAGCGUUUAUAGCUCGGGCGAUGAUGGGAAAUUACUAGUUGAGUGUAGGGUGAGGUAUUUAAGUUUCCUGGGCAUUGGCAAAAAUGUGAAAAACUGCGCUUUCAUCAUGCACACAGCACAGGAUAAGUUCAUUGCACACACGUUUCACUGCGAACCAUCGAGCGGUGCGCUGUGCAAAACAAUUGAGGCUGCUUGCAAGCUAAGAUACCAAAAAUGUUUGGAUGCGCAUCCAGAAAACCGUUUAUCGUCCGAAUCAAGUACUCCGAGCAAGGGGUUGGGAGCGACAAUAAAAAAUUUUAUGAGCUCUUUAACACUGAAAAAAGAUAAAGCCAGCUCCUGAGAAAGGGCGAAAUCUCUGCAGGAAUUAUGGCCACUUCCUACAGAGCGUGAAGUAAUUCCUCAUCGUCACUUGCAAUCACCGCUAACUUACAAAAAAGCAUUUGUGCAUCCACAUAGUCCGUAACAGUUGCUUCAGCAGCCUAAAAGGCAUAAUUUAAUGCAACUAAGUAAAUUUACAAGAGAUGUUAUAGGUAAUAGUGAUUUAAGCUCAGCUUAUGAAGAUUCUUCACAACAAUAAUUUAACACAUUCAAGAACGGGAAGAAAAGAGAUGUAAACAAAAGAGAUUAAAAAUUAAAAAGUGACAAAAUAUCAAUAGCAAACUGGGAAUCAUUCAGUAGUUCCAUUAGUCCUAGCUUUAUUUAUUCAUUCUUUGAUAGUUUAAGUUAAUUCAGCAUUUAUAGUAGUUUGAACGAAUUCUGGACCAAGUCCAUGUCUACCGAUAUCAGCUUUUCAUGCAUUAUUCCUUCAUUAUAGGGGUUUCGAGAAGAACGAAAUGAAAUGUGAGCGAAGUUGUUCGUCCUGUUUGUAUAGAACAACUGGUGAUGAAUAAUCCACCAAUCUACUAACCGAAUGCAGAUGAAUGUUCAAUCAAGGGAGGGAAGACCACUAGACAUAUAUUACGAGAACUGGAUUGAUUCAGAAGGCAUUCACAUAUGAGUUAUAUUAUGCGCUAACGGAUUUUGAAUUGCAGUUAUACCUAUUCCAAAUAUACGCAAAUAUUUACAAAUAUAAAACAGAAAAAGCUCCAGCAGCGUUGCAUAAUGUGAUUGCCUUCACUUCAAGUUCCGAUUUAAGCGUUAAGCACUAAGUAAUGUUAUUCGGUUUCUAACCUUUUGCAUCUGGUGGUGAUUUGAUGCCUUUCCAUGAAAAAAGUUGAGGAAGACCUGCUUGCUAAUAAGAAAAAUGCAUAUAAUUCUAGUCCACUUAGUUUGCCAUUCAAAUUUUACUAAGCUGAUAUUUCCAUGGCACAAUCCAGGUUUUAAACUCAAACGAAAGUGCUUUCAUCUUCUUGCCAAACGUUCAAUAAAGCAAGACACUCUACAAAUCAUUCGGAACCCUUUUUCAUAACUAUUCACGUCAAUUGCUCGAAUUGAUAUUAUUAAGUUCGCAUUCAUCCAUCGUCCUGUCAUUUCAGCAAAACAUCCAUACCCUCUUUUACGUUCGAUCCCCUUUAGAUGGUAUCAAAAAUGCAAAAACCUUAGAAAUAGCGCAAAAUUGUGCGACAUAUCCUUUCUCAUUGACAACAGUGCAGUAUUUUUUUCACGAAGGAACAGUAGUAGUAAAUCAAAUAAUAGAUGCAUAUAAAAACAAAAAUGAAAUGAUAUUCUAGUAUCGGAAUAAUUAUAAUGAUAUUUAAUUAGAAACAGAGCUAAAUUAUUAUUGUACUUGUAUAUGCUGGCAUAUAUUUUGCUUACCUUGAGAAGUAAUAAGAAAAACAUAGCAUUUUAUAUGUAUGAAAAAUGUGCAAUUCAAAAUAUAAAAAAAAACAUGCAGAAAAACUUAGCGCGCUAUUCAAAUUUGAGAAAAAAUAUAUGGGGAAUUAUUGUAAAAUGCAAUUUAUUUAAAAUGAUCAGGUGUGACAAAUGAACGCAUGGCAAAGAAAAUUCGGGAGACAGUUCCAAUACCUUCCGCGCCUAAAUUUUAUAUCUCCUAUUCAAAUUUAGUUCACACAUUCAUUAAAUAUUCAAUUGAUAGUAAUUGUUUUCGGCAUUAUAAAUGGGAAUGAGAUUUAAGAGUGCUUGAAUGAAUGUAUUUGAUUAUAAUACCCCUGGGGCUUUCUGGGGCAAAAAUAGUUACAAGGUCGGUGAGUUGAUUUUGGGUAGUUAUCCAAAUUUUUGGAGGAGACGUCAUCGGUAAAGCUUACGCCGAUAAUUAUAAAUGUAAAUGGAUAAGACUGCACAAAUUUUGCAAAUAUUGAUGGACAAUAAUAACAAAAAAACUAUCAAAUUGGAGCACAUGGAUUUGUUCUGAGAUUCUCAGUUAGCGAUAUUUGAACAAUUCUACAUGAUAAAAUCUAAGUGCAUCAUUAAAAAUUACCACACAAGAAUUUUCAACACAAUUUAAAAAUACCUACCAUUCUGAGUAGCUUUAUCUUUGUCUCUGUUAACGCCUUACUAUGCCAUACAGCAAAGAAACCAGCAGAGAGCCUGUCCGAAUCAAAGGCGACGGGGAAGAUAACCGAACAUGUAUAGCCAAAAGACCACUAACAUCCAGUCUAACAGUAGCAGAUUCUCAUCUCAGUUUUUGCAAUAAAUGUACGUUUGGAUAAAGAAAUUAUGGGAACUAAUGCCUGGGCAUUCAACUUGGUUUUAACUAUCAUCAUCAUCAACGGCGCAACAACCGGAAUCUGAUAUAGGCCUGCCUUAAAAAAGGAAGUCCAGACAUCCCGGUUUUGUGCCGAGGUCCAUCAAUUCGAUAUCCCUAAAAACUGUCUGG